AUGGUUCCCUAUGGCACCCUCGGUCCUUCGCGUCGAUGCGUUCAGCACCCGCCGACGACCACGCGGUACCUGCCGUCGCAUUUGAUCCACGUCGCCGCCGUCAAGCCCACCUCGGACGUUCGCCGCCGCCAACUUGUGCACGCGCAACGCCGAUCGCGGAAGAAGGCACGCCUGGUCAAGCGGUUAGCCACUCCAGCCGUGCCACCCCCUCCUGGCUCUCGUGACCCCUCGCACGCUGCGACGUACCAUGCGUUCCUCACGCAUCGCUUCAUGGAUUACCUGGCGCUUGUCACCGAGUUCACCAAGUCACAAUGCCCACCGACUCCAACGCACAUGUUCACCAACGACGUCGAGUGCAAUGGAGUGUAUGGUCGGCGCGGUGUCGAGGCGCUAUGGAUCAAGUGGGCCGCGCUCUGUCCUGGCUACCGCUUUCUCGUUGUCUCGACCGACGUCGUCCAAGUCGAUAGCAAGUUCAACAUGCUCUUGCAGGUGAAGGUGGCUCUGUGCUUCCACGUUCGAGGCAAGGACCCGCUAACCCAGGACAACGUGCCCGUCGCACCAAGCAACGUUGUUGUGCACGGGGACCUUGUCGUGCACUUUGACGGCGCGACGGGUUCCAUCUCCAAGUUGGUUCCUUGCAAAGACUUGUCAACUCCUUCGUCAUGGCCGCACGAUACGCGCGACAGCAAGACGCCGCCACGCACACGCCCGCGCCGAGAUGCCGACGCGGACGACGUUCGAUCCAAAAUGUCGUUCAAGCGCAUCUUGCAUGCCGUUGGGGGCUAA